AACAACAGAUGGGCAGGAAACAGAUGACAUCUCAAACAGUUGGCAUGAUAAGCCAUGCAUCUUGCUGCAUACACUUAUUAGACAUCUUCCUGAUUUAUCUGAUUUAUCCGACAUCAUUAGUCCAUAAUUCUAAUUUGCUGCAGGAUCAAGUGCCUGCAAAGAAAUAACAUUCACUUUAGCUUUAGUAGGAGUUUCUUUUUAGGCAUUAAGGAAGAAAAUGACUAAGAGUUCCAGUAUCAAUAAAUGUAACUAAAUGAAUGGAUGACACAUGAUAAUAAUUCAAACAAUAACAUUCAAACUUUUUUGACUAUGGUGAAUACAUACUGUUAAAUAUAUAUAAAGAAUGUAUAAUUUCAAAAUGACAGAAGGCCUACACUACAUUGAAUUCAGAAACUUGAAGGUUACAAAAAAGUAGGUGGCUGCACUUGGGUGUGAUGGCAGAGAAUAUCAAGUCAUUAUUAUCUAGAAUUUCAAAAUAUAAACCCUUUCAGAUCUCAAUCAAGAGCUAAUUUACUUCAAAUUUUUGCUUAGAUUAUUAAUUUAUUUGGUUACAGUAAUGUCAAUACAAAAGUUACUAAACGAAUCAUUAAAGUAAUCUGGAAUGAUCUGUGACUCGUUGGACAUGAAUAUAUAUAAUUUAGGGGUGAUGCUUGAAACUGAUGGUGAGUACAUCUUCAUUUACACAGUGCCCACUAUCACUCAUAAGAAUGGAAGCCAAAGAGUUAAUUUUUUAACAGGAACUGAGCAGUUCCAAACCAGGGGAGGCGUCCUUAUCACCUUCCGCAUGCUGAAACGAAACAAAUUGAGUCAGACAAUUUUUUACAGUCUCGUUUGCUUUGGAAAGUCGCUCCUUUACAGAUAUGGCCACUGCCAGCUGUCUGCGGUCAGAGGACAAGUUCCUGUGCUCCGUCUGCCUGGAGGUGCUCACCGAGCCGGUCUCGACGCCGUGCGGACACAACUUCUGCAGUGCAUGCAUCCACACGUAUUGGGACGGGAGCGACAUAUGCCAGUGUCCAUUAUGCAAAAGGAGUUUCCCCCAGAAGCCCGAGCUCCAAGUCAACACGUUCCUGUCCGAGUUAGCUGCUGAGUUUAAGGCUUUACUUCAAGUCGAAGCCUCGACUCCAGAACCGCGACUUCCUGGAACGGCGGACGUCCUCUGUGACAUCUGCUCCGAGAUGAGGGCGAACGCCGCAAAGUCCUGUCUGACGUGUCUGGCGUCCUUCUGUGAAGCUCACCUCCAGCCACAUCGGAGAGUUGCUGGCCUCAAGGGCCACACGAUACUGGACCCCGUGAAGAAUCUGGACGACAGAGUGUGCAAGACUCACAGCAGGGUCACAGAGCUGUACUGCAGGACCGACCGGGCCUUCGUCUGCGCCUCGUGUCUCACGGCCGAUCACGAGAGCCACAAGGUGGUCUCGCUCGACGAAGAAUACCAUGCAACGGUGGCGAAACUAGACGAGACCCAGUCAAAUAUCCAAAAGAUGACGCAGUCGCGGUACGAGAAGAUAGCCGAGAUCCAAAAGUCCAUCGGCGUCGGCCAGACGGCAGCCGAAGAGGAGAAAGAAGCCAGCGAGCGGGUCUUCCAAGACUUGAUCCGCUCCCUCCAGAGCAACCGGGCCGAGCUGGUCUCCGAGAUUGAGGAGCAUCACAGGAAGACAAAGCAGAAGGCCGAAGACCUUAUCGGACAACUGAGGAUGGAGGUCGCCGACCUCGAGAGCAGAGGCGAACAGCUGGAGCAGCUGUCGCAGUCUAAGGAUCACCAUCAUGUUCUCCAGAGCUUCCUGACCACGUGGCCUCCUCCGGAUGCCCACCCCGCCGACCGAGCCGACAUCUGGGCUCACAGCGAUCCGUCCUUCCAGGCGGUGAGAGGCACCGUGACUCAGGUGAAGCGGAGACUUGACCAAAUAACGGAGGAGCUUCCUGAGAACAAAAUGAAGAGAAUGAAGAGAAUGAGAGAACACGCAGUCAAUUUGACUUUCGAUCCCGACACGGCAAAUUGUUCACUUGUCGUGAGUCAGGACGGAAAACAAGUGGUGAGCGGAGGCACAAAGCAGAAACUUCGCUUCAAUCCAAAGAGAUUCAGAAGGUUUCAAUGUGUUUUGGCUAAGGAGGGGUUCACAGCAGGGAAGUUUUACUACGAGGUGCAAGUGGAAGGACAUACUGAGUGGAAUGUUGGAGUGGUCGGAGAGUCUAUAGAUAGAGGAGAGGAUAUGUUUAUGGAAACUGGUGUUUGGAUCAUUGGGCUUAAUCAAGGAAUAUAUAUGGUAUUUACCUCACACUUUUCUGAAUUAAAAUGGAAAGAAAAGCUACGGAAGGUGGGCAUCUUUGUGGACUACAAUGAAAGAGUGGUUUCUUUCUUUGAUGCAAAUACUAAAUCACGCAUAUAUUCUUUCACUGGCUGCACCUUUACAGAGAAACUGUAUCCAUUCUUUUGUUCAGAAAACACGGAUGGAGUCCCGUUGAUUCUGACCCCUAUACCUCAAAACGACUGAGGCGUCUUUCUGUUUUAAAGACCACAGAAAAAAAUUCAUUCUCUAUUAACAAAUCUGCUUCAAAUAUUAACAACACAUUCCAAAUGUUUUCUGCCCAGGAUAGAGAUAAACAAAAGUGUUGCAGUCUUUGUCCCACAGUGCAUUUUUCUUUUAAUGUAAACUAAUGAUACUGUUGUUGUGUCAGAAGACAUUUAUUAUGGUUGAGGUUCAGUGUUAAAGUAUAAUGAUGUAUUUUCUUUUUCGAAAAGCAUUGUUUUGUUUGAUAUAAUUUGAAUCAUGACAUACGGUUUACAUCAAGACUUUCAAAAAGUGUCGAUACUGGUGGAGGGGGGGGGGGGGGGGUUAGUGGGUAACAUGGUUUUGUCAUUUAAAUUGACAUGUGCAUUUGCUACAUCUAGCAGCACAAACUAGGCAUGUAAAUCCUUUUGUAAUGUAAUUUCUACCUGUAAGAUCUGUGACAAUAUUAAACUAAU